AAGAUGGCGGUAGUGCAACCUUUGGGAUGUAGGAUAUGAAGAGAAGAAGAAGAAGAAGAGGAAGGAGAAGAAAGGAGAAGAAAGGAGGAACAACUUUCCAGACUGUUCCCGAGUUCUGAGGAAAGUCCUGGCCCAGACUAGCGUAGCAGCAGACCAGCAGACUGAUGAUGGUUUUGGUGGAGAAAUGACGCCAUCACCAUGUUCUGCUAUGGAACUCUACUGCUGUGGAUUCACGUCGUCGCCGCAGUGACGACGCCAGCACCACCAGAGAAAAUCCAUAUUGAGAAGUGGCUGCUGACAUGGAAUCCAGCCACAGAGGAGAGAGACGUCACCUACACGGUUCAGUACAGCAGCUUUGACACCGAUGUGUGGAAAGAUGUACCUGCCUGCGUCAACACAUCUUUCACUUUUUGUAACGUCACCUUCAGCAAAGCUGAGAAUGAGCACGGCUGUGUUAUGCUGAGAGUGCAAACAGAGAGACGUGGGCUGACUUCAAGACCGGUCCAGGCCUGCAGCAGACACGGUGACUCCUGUACACCUGAAGUCAGUCUGACUGCGCGGCCUGGAUCCCUGACUGUGUAUCUGAGCCAGGACCACAGUCUGUUUCAGGAUUAUGGAGGCCACAUACAACACAGGGUUUACUACGGCAUGGAGGGAGAGUCACUACAGGAGAAGUAUGUAGAUGGUGUUGCCUCAGUGUCCAUCAAGAGCCUGAAGGAGGGGCAGCGGUACUGUACCAAGGUGCAGUACAUGUACUUCACUAAACUUAUUGGACCGGAAAGUUGUACUCAGUGUGAAGUCAUCCCUAGGUCAAGAGAUAAGUCAGUACAGACAGAAGUAAUAGUAGUGGUGAUGGUUGCUGUCAUCAUGUUUGUAAUUGCUGUGAUGGCAUACGUCCUCAUCUGCCACCGUGGGAGAAUCAAACAGUUGCUGCGACCUCCGUGCGAGAUCCCAGACUUUCUCCUGGAGCCUUAUCCUGAGAAUCAAAUCUUCAGCUCUCCCAGCAGCCCCAGUGAGGAGCGCUAUGAUGUCAUUUCCUUCAUUACCACAAAGGAGGUCAGAGGAGAGUGAGUGCUGCCGCCUUCCUCUGCUCCUGCCCCCCACCACCUGCAUCGUGCUCAGACCUGAGGUUUGACCUAUCUGAAGCAAGUGGUCAGCUCUAAGUUUAGGUGUGAACACACCCAAGACUCAUUGAGGAUGCAUUUGAGAUCCGAUCACUCAGACCACGUUUAGAGGAGGUCUGAGCAACGUGUCCACAUUCUUUUAGCAGUGUGAACACAGAUGUGUCCUGGGCCACAUUGAACAACUGCCCACUCUACUGACUUCCUCUGCCACAGUCUGAUUGGUCCCAACACUGUUUAUAAUGAACUGAAAAUAUUUUACUAUUUCAAUGGAUAAAACUUUAUUUCACCUUAAGACUUGUACACAUUGCAUUAAUUUGCUCAACCCCUCUGUGCCUCGCUUGCUCCCUGUCUCUCACUCACACACAUACAAGAACAUUGACAACGGAUCCAUCUGUCGAUUGGCUAAAAAUAACAACGCAUACCCGUUUAUUUGCAUAUAAAGCAGGAAGUGAGAUCCGAUCACAAGGUCACUGGAGAUACAUGUGGAGAUGCAUUUUAAAGCAGGUGUGAACUGAUGAACUUAUAGCUGACCACUUGUGAUCGGAUCACUGAAGACACAUGUUAAUACCAGGUCUGAGACCUGCUGUCCCAACCCCUCUUCCCCUGCAUUUACACCAUUAUAUUCUCCAGACUUUAACCUGAAUUGUAUUUAGACCCAGGACAAGUGAUCACUUGAUGUAAAGUAAAAGGAGGAGAGACAAACCUCCACAGUGUGUCACUGUCCUGACACUUGUCUGGUUUCAGUGGCUGUGACCUCCCACCAGACAUCCACCUGACACUAGAUCACCACAGGUCCUGAUGUGAUGUUUCUGAAACCACAUGACUCUACACUAUUUUAUAUUUUUUAAAUGGCUUAUUUGCUUAUUAUUGAGUGUAUCAGGUUAAUUCCUGCAGCUCAGCAUUAACUGGUUCUGGUUUGGUUUUAUUCCAACCCUCAAAUCUCUAAACAUGGUCCAUCAGCCCCAGAACAACAACUUUGUUUUAAUCUGGGAGGAAACACUGGACCUUGUCAUCCUGUGAGAGGAGCAGGAUGUUCAGUGAAGGUUGAGGACUGAUCACAUGAUCUCAGAUCAGCACCAAGGACUACAACAGAACGACAGAACAGGGACUUGAUCUUUAGAUUCAUAGGAGCCACUUCACCUCUGCCUCGGUCCAGAUUUAGUGAUGUAUUUCUAAACAUGAGGAGGGUUAUUUUAUUGUCAUUAUCUGCCAAUUAUUUUUACAUAAAUUGUUUGGUCUGUAAAAUUUCAGAGAAUGCCUCAUUGUGUGUGAAACAUGUUUCGUUUUCUUCGACCGGAAGCAGAGUUUUCAGUUAAACUCAGAAAAGAGAGAGGGGCUAGGUAAUGGUGGUAAAUGAUUUAUGUGGUGACUGAUGGAUGAAUGAACUCCCCUGGGCUCACAGUGAACAGUGACACCUGCCGGACGGUUUCUCACUGGACAUAGAUUAUAGUCAAAACUCAAUGAUUGUUCUCUAUGUGCAAAGUGUCAAUAUUUUAAUGACACAUUGUCAAUAAAACAAUGUAGCAUAAAGCUGCAUUCAGGUGCUCCUCAGAUGUUCCUGUUCCCUGAGUUGGGGAGUUGCCUUCAGUGUGAUCAUGUGCUUCUUGUUCUGUAUUUUACUGCUUCGUGUUGAAACGAUUCAAUGCUAUUUCCUGUAUCUCUAACUUGUUAUCAGAGUGACUGCUGAUGAAUAUCUUUCUAACGAAACCAGGUCACUCUAAUGAACAGUUACAACAUAACACCAUGUUAUUAAGUAAAUAUGUGAAUUUGCACAAUUAAUGAAAGCUUCUCUGUAUGACGUCAACAACUUGAUGUGAAAGUCAUGAACCAACAUUGUUACAACUCGGAGUUGUUGUUCUACGUUCAUGUGAAUUAAUUAAUGUUUCUGAUGAUUCCUCAGUCUUAAUGAGUUGAAGGGUUGUUGGUGAUGAUAUGAGGAUAUAUCAUACUUUCUGAUAUGAAUACUUUUUCUUACCUUUUUUUUUUUUUGUAAAAUUUUUUUAAAGACCAAUCAAUAAAUCAGUGUUUUUUUAUCAUCCUAAACUUUCUAAUGAUUGACAUUAAAUGUCAAUGUCAUGUUUAAAGUUUUCAAGUUUAAUCCAUGGUUUAACGUAUAAGUAGGUCAAUCCAAAAAUAACUCUUGUCCAUCCAAACAUCUCGUUAUCGGUUGGCAAACGAUGUUGGCAGUUUGCAGAUCUCGUGAGAGUAUGGUACUGAGACAGAGGCAGGUCUCCAAUAAAGUCAAUUUUCUCCUGAUCUGUUCAUCUGAAAAAUAUAAUUUUGAUGUCAGAAUGUUCUGAAGACGUGUGGCUUGUGAAAACUGGGUCCAAUAUUUAUUUCGGUGACUAUGGAGCGAAAGAAUAUAUGAUAAUCUGUGAUCUCGUUCACUUCGCCCAUUGAAAUGAAUAGAGUCAGACCUGCUUCCGUUCUCCUAAAGGGGCGGGGAGGGGGAGAAACUCACGUGACACAGAUACAGGAAAUAAACGCAAAUGAUGCGUCUCGGUUUCUCUACUGUCUGGUUGCAUGUUAUCUACUCUCUCUUUGUCCACAAUUCUGUUGUCACUCUCUCACUGUCCCUCUCACAAUAAAGUUGCCCAAAAAAUUACUUAAAAAUACAACCAAGAUUAGUAAAAAAAAAAACCCUCCAGAUUUGUCACUAGGUGCUUAAAAAAAAGUCUUAAGUUGUCAACACUGUAGAUUGUGAACGCCCCGAUAGAAAGUGUUUGUGUCAAAAUAUUUUGAAAGAGCAACGGCCAAUGAGGUCACGCCACCUCAGUCAAAUGACAUCCAGCUGACCAAUGGUGUAAACAGAGGCCUGUAUUACGAAGCGCGAUUUGAGGAUAUCAAGAUAACUUUAGGUUUAACUGAGCCCGUUGAUAACCUGUUUAGUAGUACAGCUUAUCAGAGGCGUGUACCGCGAAGCAAGUUCAACAUACCCAGGAUCACUUUCAGUUAUCUGGCUCGACGUCCUGAUAACCUGUACUACGAAGCUGGGUAUCAACGGGCUCAGUUAACCCUGGGUUAACCGGAUAGCGGUUAGUAGCGCGUUCAUGCGAAAGAGGCGGAGUUGUUCAUUUCAAGCAACAUCUUCAGAACCAUGAAUGAAGUUUGUCCCUGUUAGGAUCCUGUAGGAAUGAUGACUCCGUUUUUCCAGUGAUUUGCUUGGUCAGUAGUUGGGCUGUUGACCAGUUUUGAUCUGAUCCUGCGCCAAAACAGGUUAUCUUAAGUUACCAUGGUGAUUUUUUGUAACAAGUGAACCACAGUCAUAGGACUGAAAACCUAGACUUAAACCUGAAGUGUUUUUAAUUGUCACUAUGGUGGAUCAACCUGUUUAAUUUGAUACUUGGCCCCUGUGAACACUACACAUCACUGUAGACUUCCUUCAGUAAAUAAUACCCAGUAAAUGAACCCUGUGUGGAUGAGGUAGACUGGAGGCUCACUCAUCACCUGGUUUUUAAAGAGGGGAUACUAAGAAAGAAAAUAAUGAUCCACACCGUUCAUCAGACAUGUUGUCCAACUUUGACCAAUAAAACACUGUUUUUAUUUUUCAUGCCAUUUUUCAUACAGGCAACAUGACGUAGGCCUACAUCUUCUCUGGGUUUCUCCAUCUUUAACUCCCUGCAGGUCAAAGCUUUACGGUACAAGAGGAUCUUAUUGAUCAAAAACAGUGUAAUGCACGUCUAUACAGUUCACUCAGAAAGUCUUCAGAACCUUUAUUGUUUUAGAGCAGAAACCAUGAGGAGGAAGGAACUGCUGCAGAGCUCAGAGACAGGAUUGUGUCGAGGCUCAAAAACAUUUCUGCUACACUGAAGGUUCCUGAGAAGAACAGUGGUUUCCAUCAUUCUGACAUGAAGUCUGGAACAACCAGGACUCUUCUAGAGCUGGACCUGGACUAACAGACAUCAGGGAGAUGGGUCUUGGUAGGAGAGGACACAGAGAGAGAGGUUUAUUCCAUCACCACCAUGUUGAUGAUAUUAAGGUCAAAGACUGAACUGUUUGUCAUGUAAAAAUAUAUUUUUGAUUUUAUCAUUAGAAAAUGUGAAAACAUUGAAGGGGUCUGAAGACUUUCUGAAUACAGUCUAUGUGGCAGCAAAGAGCCGUAACAAGGUCUUUAACACUGAUUACAGCAGUCCUGACUGACAGCUUCACAAGUUUUGUUCUAUACUUAAAUAAAAUGGCUAAAAAGCAAGUGAAUACUUACAUCUCAUAUUACAGCACAUUUUCAGGUAGAAACAAGAGGACAGAGGAGGCUAUUUAAAAAACACAGAGUUGAUCCUGAGGCAGAACGACAGUGACUCACCUGUCAACAGCAAACUGACCCUGAAGAGUCCAGUGCAUGUACUGAACCUGACACACAGUACAGACAGUAUGUGUUCGUUUGCUCUCACACACACACUUUACAAUUUGUUUAUACACCUUGUACACUACAGUGACAUUACACUCCAACUCAUAGUCAACAGAUGAUCACAUGAAACAGUGAAUGAAUAAAUGAACACCUGCUCCUCAGCUCACAAUAACAUACAAACAGCAGUUCUCUCAUUGAAACAGAUUUAACAUGAACAAACAAAAAGUCUGAAUCUAAAGACAGACGACGAGUUUACAUUAGGACGAAAGAUCAAUGUGUGUGUGUGUGUGUGUGAAACUCUAGCCCCAUAAAUCUUCAGUCCGGCCGAAUUUGUAGAUCAGAGUGCUG